GAAAACCAGACUGCCACAAAUUUUGCUCGCAGAAAGGAAAAUCAUGAAAAGAAUAAUAGUAACAGCGCCCAAGGGGGGCGUAGCCACCAACUUUACAAAAGCCAGUUUCCAGGAAGACGCCCUUUGCUCUUUAAAAGUUAAAAACCGCCACAUUGGGCGCCCAGCCAAGUUCAUGCACCUCUUCCUUUCUCUCUUUCUAAUCAUAUAUAAACGCAUCCACUCAUCUUCCUCAUUCUAUCGUAUCUCUCGUUCAAACCCCAAAACCUCUCUCUCUCUCUCUCUUUCUCCUCCCUUUUCCUUUUAAAAGCUCACUUUUUUAUUGUCAUGGAAGCAAUGAACGUGUGUUCUACUUCUUCAGAAUCUUCUUCUUCCGAGUCUUCUUUUAAUGGCGAUUCUACACCAAGAAACGCAAACAAACAGGAGCGGAUCAAAGGUCCGUGGAGUGCAGAGGAGGAUCGGAUUCUCACCCGCCUUGUUGAGCGACACGGGCCCAGAAAUUGGUCCCUAAUAAGCCGAUAUAUUAAGGGGCGAUCGGGUAAAUCUUGUAGGCUCAGAUGGUGCAAUCAGCUAAGCCCAAACGUGGAGCACCGUCCGUUUUCUCCAGCUGAAGAUGAGACCAUUUUGGCCGCCCAUGCUAGGUACGGUAACCGGUGGGCCACCAUUGCCCGUUUGCUACCGGGUCGAACUGAUAAUGCUGUGAAGAACCAUUGGAACUCGACGUUGAAGAGAAGGGCAAGGGAACAGCAGCAUCUAAUGAUGAUGGAGGGUAAUAUUGAUAACAGCAACACUAAUGAAGGAGCUGUUGCAGCAGCUGCAGCAUCAGGUUCUACACCGCGCAUGGCACAAGCAGUAGAAGAAGAGGAAGCGUUGACGGCGUUGACUCUGGCUCCGCCGGGGUUUGGUGGCGGUGGUGGUAUUUGUAGCAAUAGUAGUGGAAUGGAGGAAGAGAGGAGGGGGGAUCGUUUGCCAGCUGGGUUUUGGGAUGUGAUGAGGAAUGUGAUAGCGAGAGAAGUGCGAGAGUAUAUGAGUUCUACUGUAAAUGAGACUACUUGGGGUUUUCAUUAGCUGAAAGAAACAAACAACUGGUGGUGUUGUUUUGGUUGGGGUUUAAUUAAUUUCAUGUUUGUUAAUAGGAAAAAUUUUCUAUUAUUAUUAUUAUUUCCAA